UGCUUCUUCACUACUUUGAACAGAUUGCACAUUGCUUAAGUUCUUGCAACCAGAAACUCUUUCAGAUCUUAACCUAAAAUAAUCUGUUUAUUUUGAAUCUGAUAAAAGUUUUCACCAACAUGAGAGCUCAUUGACUCCUUAAAUUUCCAAACCUUGUUAAAUAGUAAAGCUAUUUAUGUAUAAGAUUUCACCUGGACACAGAAUAAAAGUUAAAAGAUAUAUAUAUAUAUGACUGUUAAUGUUCAUGUGAGGAUUCUCUGGAUGCUGGCCUGAGUUCUUAAUGAGCUUUUGUGCCCAGAAGGGGUGAUUAAGUACCAUGGAAACUUUGGGGAAAAUAAUUUGUUUCCCAGUUUUUAAUGGAGUACUACUUCAUAUUUACUCUUUUACAAUGCUGUUUUUAGGGAGUGGUAUAAGCAAAAGUAAGCAACAGUCUGAACAUUGAGGCUAGAGUAAAGUGUCUUUAAGUUUAUAGGCUUAUUCUAUCUUAUGAAACCUAUCAUUUUAGUACAGCAUGAUAUCGCACUCUACUGUGAAUUGUAUUUUAUUAUAGGUCAAUGACUUCCAGCCCCAGUACCUUGUUAGGAUGAUAUUGCUGGUGUGCCAGUUAAGGUGAACCAUUUAGAUUGAUACUAGAAAUGCAGCAAGUUUUGGAAAACCUAACGGAGCUGCCCACAUCUACAGGAGCAGAAGAAAUAGACCUAAUUUUUCUCAAGGGGAUUAUGGAGAAUCCUAUUGUGAAAUCACUUGCUAAGGCUCAUGAGAGACUUGAAGAUUCAAAAUUAGAAGCGGUCAGUGACAAUAACUUGGAAUUGGUAAAUGAAAUCCUGGAAGAUAUCAGUCCUCUAAUAAGUGUGGAUGAAAAUGUGGCAGAACUGGUUGGGAUACUCAAGGAACCUCACUUCCAGUCGCUCCUGGAGGCCCAUGAUAUUGUGGCAUCAAAGUGUUAUGAUUCGCCUCCCUCAAGCCCAGAAAUGAAUAAUUCUUCUCUCAAUAAUCAGUUAUUGCCAGUAGAUGCCAUCCGAAUUCUUGGUAUUCACAAAAGAGCUGGCGAGCCAUUGGGUGUAACAUUUAGGGUUGAAAAUAAUGAUCUGGUAAUCGCCCGAAUCCUUCAUGGAGGAAUGAUAGAUCGACAAGGUCUGCUUCAUGUGGGAGAUAUCAUUAAGGAGGUCAAUGGCCAUGAAGUUGGAAACAAUCCAAAGGAAUUACAAGAGUUACUGAAAAAUAUUAGUGGAAGUGUCACUCUAAAAAUUUUGCCAAGUUAUAGAGAUACUAUUACUCCUCAACAGGUUAGUAAUAAUUUCCAGAGUGAUAUUAAGAACACUUUAUUUUUUUGUUAUUCUAUUAGGUAGAUGCUUAAUUGUUAC